CCUGUACUUCCUGAUGACCCGCCUCGUCCUGGGGCUGACCAGCCAUAUCAUGAUGACCUUCACCUUUGUGGAGCCGUACGUAUGCACGGUGAUUCUUAGUCUAGGAUACUCCUUGGUAACCACCACAUGUUGGCCCCUGGUGUCCUACGCGGUCCCUCUGAGGUACAUUACCUCGGCACUGCGUUCGGAAUCAUGGGCACCAUUAUUUCUGUGGGGCAGGCUAUUGAUACGUAUUUUGUUGGCUUCAUCGUCGACACUGCGGGCUAUCUGGUCCUCGAAGUGUUCUUUACCAUGUGCGUCAUCUCUUCAAUGAUAGCAGCUGCGUUGUUGUAUUUACGGGACGCGUCAACAGAUGGCCUACUGAAUCUAAGUACAAAACAACGUGCAGUUUUUCUCAAGCAUCAUGUGUGAGACAGACUUUGUAGAAAACGUUCAGAUUUGCUGUGAGAUUUUAAAUUUAAUUUGAUUAAAUUUCGGCGUGUUAUUGUGAUUAUUUUGUUAAUAUUGUUGCAUGCAGUGCCAAAUUAUUGUUUGUUUUAAAAUCUCAGCAUUACAUGCGCGUGUAUGUUGGUAUGAUGUUUUACAGAGGAAAUAAAAUAUUGCACUUAAACAUA